AUGUCUGACCUAUUCGUGGAGUUGACGGCCCCGAAUGGACGCAAAUAUACGCAACCGAGGGGUCUAUUCAUCAACAAUGAAUUCGUAAAGUCGAAAUCUGGAGAGACCAUCACCUCCAUUAAUCCUAGUGACGAGACUGAAAUCGCGUCUGUCUACGCUGCGGGCCCAGAAGACGUCGACAUUGCCGUAGCCGCAGCCCGCAAAGCCUUCAAAGAUCCCUCAUGGCGCGACAUGGACACCAACGCCCGCGCCGAUCUGCUGUGGAAGUUUGCAGAGCUCAUUGAACAGCAUAGGGAAACGCUAGCGACCAUUGAGACGUGGGACAACGGGAAGCCGUAUUCCGUGUCCUACAAUGACGAUCUCUCCGAAGUCAUCAACUGUAUCAAGUACUACGCUGGAUGGGCCAACAAGAUACACGGUCAGGUGAUUGAUACAUCUCCUGCGAAGCUUGCCUAUACCAUCCUUGAACCCUUGGGCGUUGUGGGACAGAUCAUCCCUUGGAAUUUCCCUCUCGCAAUGGCAGCAUGGAAGCUAGGCCCCGCCCUUUGCACAGGUAACACGGUUGUUCUCAAGGCAGCGGAGCAGACGCCCCUUUCGAUCCUUUACCUAGGAACCCUCGUUAAGGAGGCUGGAUUCCCUCCUGGUGUGGUCAACCUCAUCAAUGGUGAGGGUAGGAAAGCUGGUGCUGCGUUGGCUUCGCAUCUUGAUGUUGACAAGGUUGCCUUCACUGGCUCAACUGCGACUGGAAAAGAGAUUAUGAAGCUAGCGGCAGUCAACAUGAAGAAUGUGACGCUGGAGACGGGUGGCAAGUCCCCUCUGCUCAUGUUCGAGGAUGCGGAUUUGGACCAGGCUGUCAAAUGGUCUCAUGUAGGCAUCAUGUAUAACCAAGGUCAAGUCUGCACGGCAACCUCUCGGAUCCUCGUCCACGAGAGCGUAUACGACAAAUUCGUCUCCUCCUUCAAAGACUACGUCUCCAAAGCCAGCGUCGUAGGCGAUCCUUUUGCCGACGAGACCUUCCAAGGCCCCCAAGUCACCAAAACCCAGUACGAACGCAUCCUCUCGUACAUUGAGUCCGGCAAGUCCGAAGGCGCAGAACUCAUUGCCGGCGGGAAACCUUACAAGGAUGUCAACGGUAAAGGCUUCUUCAUCGCACCGACCAUCUUCACGAAUGUGAAGGACAAUAUGAAGAUUUACCGCGAAGAAGUGUUUGGUCCGUUCGUCGUCAUCUCUUCGUUCAAGACGGAGGAGGAAGCGGUCGAGCGUGCGAACGACACCACGUACGGUUUAGGUGCGGCUGUGUUUACACAAGAUAUCACGCGGGGUCAUCGGGUGGCGAGGCGCAUUGAAGCGGGCAUGGUGUGGAUCAAUUCGUCGAAUGAUAGUGAUGUUCGGGUUCCGUUUGGCGGUGUGAAGCAGAGCGGCAUCGGGAGGGAGCUGGGUGAGGCGGGAUUGGAGGCAUAUACUAAUAGGAAGGCAAUCCACGUGAAUCUGGGCAACAGAUUGUAG